AUGCCUUCCGACCUCUCCUCAUACCUUGCGACGCACUAUUUAGUAGCAGACCCGAAGCCAUCCAAGAAGCGCAAGCGCAAGGCCGCCACCGAGAACCAGGGUCUCAUCAUUGCAGACGACGACGACAACUGGGGCAAGUCAUCAGGGCAGAACGACGACGAAGCAGAAGGCGGCCCGGCCCUUGUUUCAGGAACAUCAGCAGAAUUUCGUCGUACGAAGAAAUCAAAUUGGAAGACUGUCGCCGCCAGCGGAUCCUCAAAACAAACCGAUGACGACAGCGCCGCCGCCGCAGACGCUAUCCUUGCUUCUGCCGUCGCAGAAAAUGCCGCCGCCGCGCAGGCAGACGACGAGAUGCCGGUAAUAGAAGGUGGUGAAACCGACGCGGGCGUCGUCAAGAUGAGUGACGGCACGCACGCUGGCCUCCAGAGCGCGGCCUCGGUAGCGGCCCAGCUCAAGAGACGGCAGCAAGCUGAGGAAGCCGAGUUUGCAAAGAUGCGGAAGCAUGGCAAAGAGCAGGAGACGGUGUACCGUGAUGCGACGGGUCGGCGUGUGGACGUGUCGAUGAAGCGCGCUGAGGCGCGCAGGUUGGCGGCCGAGGCGGAGGAGAAGGAAAGACAAGCCAAGCUGGCGCCCAAGGGUGAUGUGCAGAUUGAAGAGGCACGAAAACGGAGGGAGGCGCUUGAAGAUGCGAAGCUCAUGAAGUUUGCGCGAACGGCAGAUGAUGAGGAGAUGAAUCAGGAGCUCAAGGAAAAGGACCGGUGGAACGACCCGAUGGCACAGUUUAUGACGGAAAAGACAGGCGCAGGAGCCAAGGGAAAGAAGGGCAAGAGGAGGCCGAUAUAUACAGGGGCUGCGCCGCCAAAUAGGUAUGGUAUACGGCCAGGAUACAGGUGGGAUGGCGUGGAUAGGGGUAAUGGCUUCGAAGGAGAGAGGUUUAAGGCGCUCAACCGCAGAGAACGGAACAAGGGUUUGGAUUAUGCAUGGCAGAUGGACGAGUAA